AUGCACCCAGAAUCUGGCAAAACGACAAAACGAAAAGUGAUCGCGAUGCCAGGAUCGUCACUCCUUACACUUCCUACCGAAACACUCUUUGAAAUCAUUUCCCACCUUGGUACCUCUCAUCUAAAACAACUUUCCCUUACUCACCGCUCACUUCACACGCUAAUUCCGCCAUAUCU